AUCAAGAAAAGUUUUUUUAUCCUCUUUUUGCUUUUCCUGGGCAUAAAGUAGCCAUAGCCAUGCCUAGGAGAGUUGGAAAAGAAGUUGCACAGCAAGUGGAAUUCACUCCUGUGAGUCCAAGACAUUCUGAAAGUGAAAAUAAUCUGAAGCAUCUUCCACCUAUUUCUCCCUUAGCUGAUCGCUCAUAUGGCAAUCCCAUAUAUCGCAAUGAUGAUGAGGAGAAGGUUGAUUCUACUGAGUCAAGCAAUAAAAUAUCUCAAGAACUUCAGCAGAUAAGGAAGCUGCAAGAAGAAGCCAAUCAGAAUAUAAAGCGUAGUCUAGAAAGCUUUCUACAAGCCCAACAAAAACAGCAGCAGCAAAACAAUCCUGCUGGUGGCAUCCUUAGACCACAAGAUCUUGUGGAAGCAACAUUUCGUGUAGCUGAGCAACUCAACGCCAAUCAACAAAGAUAUGUACCUCCUGCACGUCAUCCAAAUCCAGCCCCACAACCCAACUGUCAAAAUAAUGCCUUUCAACCAUUAGGGCAGCAAGCAGCACCCCCUCCCUUAGAUAGAAAUCAACUGAUUGAUUUAGUCCAGGAGACAUAUGGUCCAGCUUUAAGACCAUUGGUUCGUCCUUCCUAUCACAAGCCGUAUCCAAAUUACAUAAAUCAAGAUAAUCCAUUUCCUCAUGGAUUCAAAGUGCCUGAAUUUACCUUGUUUUCUGGGGACGCGAGUCAAUCAACCAUUGAACACAUUGGUAGGUUCACUAUUCAAUGUGGGGAAGCAUCGGGUGAUGAUUUUUUGAAGUUAAGACUCUUCCCAAGUUCUUUAAUGGAGCCUAAGAUAUCCAUGGCUGAUCUUUCUAGAUUGACUCAAUGGCCAGGGGAAUCUUUUGAAAAUUAUCUUUUGCAGUUUAGAAAAGCCCAAAUGAAGUGUCAUGUUGCCUUACCAGAGCAAGAGUUCAUGAAGCUUGUUCAGAAUGGUUUAAACAUUGAACUUCAAAAGAAGUUUGAGGGGAUGGAAUUCAGAGACUUCUUUGAGCUCUCUUAUAAGGUCUUUGCAGACAAGCCAGUAACUUGUCCUAAUCUAGUGAAAGUCACUCAACAGGUUGAGGCGGCUGCAAAGCGUCUCCUGUAUGAAUCUGGGAGACAAUACACAUUUGAUGUGACUAAAGCAAAUGAAAUAUUUGAUUAUCUGAAAAAGUCAGGACAUAUUAAGCUGCCGCAGGGGCCUAGGCUCCCGACGGUUGUUGAAAUUGCAUCCAAAGAUUACUAUAAGAUUAACAAAGGGCUGCUUCAUUUCCCUGAAAAACCCAAAGAAGCCAUGGGGGUUGACGAGAAUCCUUUUCUGAAUGUUGAUGAUGGAGUUAAUGUUGUUGACAUAAGGAGCAUCUCUCGAAGAACGUAUAAAGGGCGAACUUUGGUUGCAGAUGACCUUCGCUGGGUGAGUGAGAAAGAAAGGGAACAUCGUGCCCAACAGAAUCAGAGGCUCGAUGGGCAACGCCAUGCUGCUAGAAUCUAUGCAUCAGGAUUCAGGAUGAAGGAGGCUCAGCAUACAGAUCGCUCUCAUAUGGUUAAGCAUCCACAACGACGUCCAAGUAAAAGGUGGGAGAAGGUCGUGCAUCCCAAGUUUCCAAAAGAACAUGUGAAAAAUCCUAGAACUUUGAGAAGAAGGUUGCAGCGAAAGCAAGUAGAGGCACGUCACCGUCAACAAUUAGCUAUUGAGGAAGUUAAGUCAAAAGUGCCACCUUUUAAGCUCACGUCACUAAUCGUCAAUGAAAAUGAGUUGAAGGCAACAUUUGAAGCAGAUCAGCAAGCAGAGUUGACUAGCAAUGAUAAUCUUCUUAAGGACAUGGAUGUUCUGCAGAUCGACGACAUCUCUAUUAAUCUCUCUUGUUUGGUUCUCACACUUCCUUUGGUUUUUCAAGCCAAGGGCAACGAGAGUACCCAUGUUCCUACCCAUGUUUCCACGGGUAGUAUGGUUGUUGAAGAAGAAGUGAUAGAGGUUCCAACCCAAGAAGAGGAAGAGGAGAAUGAUAUCCUCUCAGAACAAAUUAUCUUUGACAAACCAAAUGAAAUAGUGAUAAAGAAUGGAAAGCUUAGAGUCUGCAUUGAUUUUCGAAACUUAAAUCUAGUCACACCAAAGGAUGAAGACCCCAUGCCAGUAGCAAAUUUACUUGUUGAUGGGGUUGCAUACCAUCGCAUUUUAUCUUUUAUGGAUGGGCAUAGUGGCUAUAAUCAGAUCUUUAUUGCAAAGGAAGACACAAGUAAAAUGGCGUUUCAUUGCCCUGGAAACAUAGGUACGUAUGAAUGGGUUGUGAUGCCGUUUGGGUUGAAAAAUGCAGGAGUUACAUAUCAACAGGCCAUGAAUGCAAUUUUCCAUGAUAUGAUUGGCCGCUUCAUGGAGAUUUAUAUCGAUGAUGCUGUUGUCAAAUCCAUGGAGGAUGAAGAAGAUUUAGAGCACUUGAGGAAAGCUUUUAAAAGAAUGCGACAACAUGGUUUGAAGAUGAAUUCUCUCAAGUGUGCUUUUGGUGUUACAGCAGGAAACCUUUUGGGUUUUCUGGUCCAUGAACGAGGCCUAGAGGUAGUACAUAAAGGUGAGGAGGAUACCCAUACCAACGGAGUCACAAUGGAAGAGUUAGAUCUGGCCCUUGUGAAGCUGGAUGACCUCAGGGCCGAUGUACAAGAUCCAUUGAAGGAAGUUAAUCUGAGAACAAAGGCAGAGCCACGCAUUACUUUUGUCAUAGUGAAGAAGAAUGGAAAGCUUAGAGUCUGCAUUGAUUUUCGAAACUUAAAUCUAGUCACACCAAAGGAUGAAGACCCCAUGCCAGUAGCAUAUUUACUUGUUGAUGGGGUUGCAUACCAUCGCAUUUUAUCUUUUAUGGAUGGGCAUAGUGGCUAUAAUCAGAUCUUUAUUACAGAGGAAGACAUAAGUAAAGCGGCGUUUCAUUGCCCUGGAAACAUAGGUACGUAUGAAUGGGUUGUGAUGCCGUUUGGGUUGAAAGAUGCAGGAGUUACAUAUCAACAGGCCAUGAAUGCAAUUUUCCAUGAUAUGAUUGGCCGCUUCAUGGAGAUUUAUAUCGAUGAUAUUGUUGUCAAAUCCAUGGAGGAUGAAGAACAUUUAGAGCACUUGAGGAAAGCUUUUAAAAGAAUGCAACAACAUGGUUUGAAGAUGAAUUCUCUCAAGUGUGCUUUUGGUGUUACAGCAGGAAACCUUUUGGGUUUUCUAGUCCAUGAACGAGGCCUAGAGUUGCAACCUGAUGCAGAUUUUAAAUGGGAAAGGCAGCACCAAGCCGCCUUUGAUGCCAUCAAGGAAUACUUGUCCAAGCCACCUGUGUUGGUUCCUGCACCCCUCUUAAGAGGCCACAUUGAUCAUCCUUGUUUAGAUGUUAACGUUGAUGAAGACAAGGGAAUCAAUCUCUUUUCGAUUGACUUGGUUCCUUGGAGGCUUAUUUUUGAUGGGUCUAGCAUUGAUCAAGCCUUUGAGGCUGGAAUUAUUAUUGUUUCUCCAAAUGGCAUAAAAACCCAAUGGUGUUUUCAAUUGGAUUUUGAAUGCACCAAUAACCAAGCAGAAUAUGAAGCUUUAGUAAUUGGCCUUGAGUUGUUGAUAGAGUUGAAGGAGCCAUCGGUUGAAAUUGUGGAUGAUUCUCAAUUAUUUCUCAAGCAAUUGAGUGGCAAAUACAAGUGUACAAGCGUAGUUUUGUCUCCAUAUUUCGCCACUGCCAUCCAACUAUUGGAGGAAUUUGAUGAUGUCUCCUUGAAGCAUAAUCCUCGCAUGAUGAAUGUUAAAGCAAAUGAACUUGCGCAAAUUGCUUCAAGUGUAAAAAUGCCUAGGGGCAUCUUGGAGAAAGUCAUUGUCAUUGAAAAACUUGCUAUCGACUACUUUACUAAAUGGGUGGAAGCAAGGCCUAUAAAGAAGGUUGAGCAAGGAGUUGUCAUCAAGUUCAUAAAAGAGGAUCUGAUCCACAGGUUUGGCCUUCCAGAGACUGUCACUUCUGAUCAAGGUACUGCCUUUGUUGGAUCUCAAGUAGAGGCCUUUAUAAAAGGCAUGGGAUUUCGUUUGCUUAAUUCAACUCCGCAUUAUGCACAAGCAAAUGGUCAAGCAAAGGCAUCUAAUAAGAUUAUCAUCAACAUCCUGGAGAAAAUGGUGACCACAUUCUUGAUUACUUACGGUUAUAAUGCUAUCUUGCCUAUGGAAUUAACGGCAAGGUCUCUACGGAUUGCAAUUCAAAAUGGCUUAAAUGCUGGGAAAUACAAUGAGGCCAUGAUCAUGAAGUUGGAAGACCUUGAGGAAGCAAGGCUGACAGCAUUGGAUGCGAUGAAAGUUCAAAAGCUUAAAGUGGCACAAGCUUACAACAAAAGGGUCAGGCAAAAAAAUUUAGCCGAAGGAAGCUUGGUUUGGAAGGCUGUGCUGCCGCUUGGCAAGAGGGAUCCCAGAUAUGGUAAGUGGUCCCCUAAUUGGGAAAAACCAUUCCAAAUUCAUAAAGUUCUUAAAGGGGGUGCUUAUUGGUUAAAGUCUUUGAAUGGAGAGUUGCAUCCGCGCAAGAUCAAUGGCAUCUACUUGAAACCAUAUUAUCCGAUUGUGUGGGAGGCACGAGAUAAUUCUGCCUCCACGUCUGCAUGAUCCAGGUUUGCAGACAUUUAUAUAUUAUUUGAUUCAAGUUGUUUUUUUUUUCAAUAAGGACACGUAGAGUUUUGGCUUGAAUUAUGAAAGCAUACAUAAGAUUUGGUGCUGCUAAGGAGGCAUGGCAUAUUCUUACAUUUUUGUUUUGGAGCAGCUUUGUUUGCAAAAGGCGUGGGCAUCAUGAAUUAAGUAAGCAAAUAAAUUCAUCGUUCAUCA